CGUUUAACUAAAAACAUGUAUUAUUACAUUAUAUUAUCUCUGAUUUUGGUACUGAUCAGCGGCGGUUGUGCAGCCCCAGCUGAGCGGAUUGAAACAGAUCCGGAGCUAACAGCUGGAUAUAUCGAGGGUGAUAUGGUACCCAGUGGAUCGUUGAGGAAUAUUUGGCGCAACGAGACCUAUCGCUGGCCCAACAGAAUUGUUUACUAUCAUAUCAAUAGCUAUAUAGAUGAGGAGCAUCGGAACCAUAUUGUUAGCGCCAUCCACAAAAUCGAAUCUAUUUCCUGCCUGACCUUCAAAGAGGCCACCACCGAUCAGAAGUAUUAUGUAAAUGUGACCUCUGAGGAGGGCGGUUGUUUCUCCUACAUCGGCUAUCUGAACCGAGUUCAACAAUUGAAUCUGCAAAACAAUGAGAUAGGAGUCGGAUGCUUCCGACUCUAUACGAUUGUUCACGAGUUUCUGCACGCCCUAGGAUUUUUCCAUCAGCAGAGUGCCGCCGAUCGGGAUGAUUUUGUCCAAAUUGUUGAGGAAAAUAUAACCGAAGGCAUGGAGUUCAAUUUCGAUAAAUACACCGAGGAAAGAGUCAACGAUUUUGGCCAGAAAUAUGACUAUGGCAGCGUUAUGCAUUACGGCCCUUAUGCAUUUUCCAAAAACGGCGAAAGAACAAUUGUGGCACUGGAGGAAGGCAAAGAAGAUGUCAUCGGCCAACGACUGGAGCUGAGUGAAACAGAUAUCAAAAAGCUAAACGCCAUGUAUAAAUGUCCUACUGUUUAGAAAUAAAUAUUUUUUAUCGCACCGCCA